CGCCAGAAAUCCUCACCCUGUCCCCCGAUCUGGAGAGAAAACCCAUCACAUUCAUUAUUUCGUAUCCAAAAUACAUGUCACAUGCACAGAACGGCACCUGUCACAUGCGCGAGGGAACGUUCCAAGCGAGAGUAACUUCCUCUGUUUGUCACACGAGUCAUUCAAAACACAACAAUCUGAACAACCAGACCCCGUCCGACCCAUUCCACUUUCUUUAUGAACCAGUCGUAAACCUACUUUUCAAUACAAUCAUGUCCUCUACUCUAGAACCGAGCCCUGAUCCGAAAGAAGAAUCAAAUCCGCCAGCAACCCUUGAUGUAACAUCGAGUGUAGCCUCAUCUGAUUUGGCCCYCCAAGGGCCAACAGUGCACGGCACGACCAAGGYGGAACAGAUGGAAGCGGCAAAGCUAUUUCUCAGCAAGCAAAAAGAGAAAAAGAAUCGGCGGAAAAAGGGCCGACGACAACAGAAAGAAACAUGCCUCGACGUCUUUAAAUAUGUCUGUUUGUGUGUUUUAGCCGCAAGUGCGAUUGCGUCUUCGAUUCUCGUCAUYCAAUCCUGCCAAUUUUUUUCUUAUAUCGGUAAAGAAACGUCGAAAACAACGACAACUACGAAUACAAUAUCAGUAACUUCUGCAACUAUGGUAGCACCAGAGAAUGAUAACGAAAGUGAAGGAGAAAGCAGCAAUAGCGAGAGKGUGGAAAAAAAYAACAUUUUCCUUCGAAACAAUAGCAGUAGCAAAGCUAGUCAGAGCAACCAUGAAGAACAUGACGAAGAAACAAUGCCUAGCCCUAGGUUCAAUCCAUCUGUCAUCGGUGCGUUUCGUCGAAAUAAACAUGAUCCGCCCGUAAUGGAAGAAACGGAAGAAUUAGAAGUCGUCCAAGGCAAAAAAGCAGAGGCCGCGGAACAAGAAACACAGGUAUUUGAUGAAUUUGUACAAGCCCAAAAUGCCACCAGUAAAGAAAAUGAUGAGACAGAAAACGAGGAUGCCGACAGCGACAGCAGCUAUGAAUCAUACUAUUAUUCUCCGUUUGAGGAUCUACCAGAAGCCACGGUCGGACUCUUUUCGUAUUCGAUGGGCAAUGRCAUCGGCAGCUACGACCACGUUUGCUUUCGGUACUACGACGAAACUUCCGACUAUAAUCUGUUUCGUGGCAACAACGAUAGCAAUUCCAUUGAUUAUUGGAUCGUUGCGCGUUACUGUUCCAUCUGUGCCCCGAUCGCUGCCUUUUUAGCAGUAAUGCAGUUGGUCCUGGAAGCUAUUUGCUGUAACAACGGAAUCAAGAGUCGCAAUCCCGAUUCCGAGGCCGCGCCUCGCACCCACUUGCGCUGUAGAAAUAUUAUUUUCACGCUCUGGUUUGUGGUGGCUGGAUUUUUGCAACUCGGUACCUUUGUCGUGAUGUUUGCCCCACCUGUUUUGUCCGGAAUGGAAGAUGAGCAGGAAAACUUUUGCCUAUCGGGAUCUACUAUUAGGUGYUCCAUGGAUACCGGUGCCUGGUUCUCGCUACUCUCGGCGCUUGCCUACCUGAUAGUUGCCACCUUUUCCGCUAUGCUUCGAAUGUCACCAACUACGGUAGGAACUAUGUUCUGUGACGAUUAUGAUUACUUCAACAAUUACUACAACGCGGAUACGGACCACUACCGCGUUUGGAAGAUAAGAAAUCGCAACGGAAACGACCGCGAGAUCUUUUUGAACAGCAGCAGCAAAAUCUACGACGACUUCUCGACGGAUUCGAGUGUGAGCAGUCUCAGCAUCAACAGCAACUACGAGCGUAGAAAAGAGAAGGAACGUAAGAGGGCCUUGGARGCCGAAUACAAAGAUCUCGAUUUCAAUGAGUAUCUCGUGAACACGAUCGACGCUCCGUCACGGCGGUCCCCCAGCAAACCCAUCGAGCACCUCAACGCGACAAAAGCACGGGGUUCCCGUCACCUGCAACAGGGGUUAAUGUGUUCCUUYGCCGGUCUAGAAGAAGGUAUAACUAGAAGCACAAAAAAACGAGGGCUGCCAGUGGCGAAAGCACCACCCGGGUGCGCCUUCAUUCCUCCGCAAGAUAGUAGUCCCUGGUUUUCCUGUUCGGCCCUAUAACGACGGGCRGUGCAAUGAAAUCGAACAAAACAAAACAAGCUAUGUCACUCUGACCAACGAACAAGUAACGUUCAAUCACAUUGUAGAACGCAUGAAACAAACCCUAAACCAACAAGAGAAAUGGGUCUCUUUUGGAAMAAUCCGCAUCAUGAUUCAUAUACGAAUGUCAGGUUGCUGGGAACAACCGAAAACAUACUAUACUGGAUAGCUGAACAAAACCAUGCUAUCAURYUUGAUCAAUAUUUCACAGUCGACCAUCAGUAUCAAGUAUAAUUUAUAACACAAAAACACACAGCUUUAAUGUAACACAAUCAAUAAUGUAACAGCUUUUGUCAUAUUAGGAACGAUUGACCGAUCUACUAUUACAAGUUUUGAAAUCUUGUGCUAUUAUUAGUAAAAUUUGAACUGCGUA